CUCCUGCAGUCUCUUCCUCUCUCUCUCUCUCUCUCUCUCUCUCUCUUCCUCUCUCUCCAUGGAAUUAGGGUCCGGGAAGAGGCAGAGUCGAGGCACACUGGCGGAGCUAGGACGGGGCAAAUCCGUGGAAUCAGUGUCCACCCUACGUGAUCUUUCCCCACAUCUUGGGUGUCUCUUCUUUUCUCCUCAAAUUCAACCUCAAUAAUCUCCGGCUCUGACUUUGACGAAGAAGGGCCUCCUCUACCGUCUCUUGAAAAGAAGUCUGAUCUUGGCUGCCACACGGUGUUUCCACUGCCUAAGACCCGCCCUUCUCACUUCUCACUUCAUUCAAAAGUUCAAUUCCCAAAUUUGGUGUCAUGGCACCUGACUUGAGCCGAGCAUUUAUCAAAGUAUUGAGACUCACAAGGACCGGUUCGCACCCUCUCACGCAUUACAUCGAGCAGUUCCUGGACCUUACUAAACCAACCAUUUCGAGCAUGAACACCCAUCAUGGCAUUGUACACUUGGACGGUAUUCCCAAUUCCAGGUUCAGCCCUUUGAAAUAUCUCCACAGCCAAUUCUUCUUGGUUCAGCCCUUUGAAAUAUCUUUUUUUUUUUUUUUCUUUGUUUUGAUUAUUUGUGCUGUUUAAUUGUUGCCGGUUAGGUAUUUGAGAAUUUGAAUGCAAAACAGAAUCUUUGUUCUUAUAUGUUGUUUCAAUGAUUAAGGAUGAUUUGUGCUGUUUAAUUUUGCCGGUUAGGGAUUUGAGAAUUUGAAUUCAAGACAGAAUCUUUGUUCUCAUGUGGUGUUCCAAUGAUUAAGGAUGAUUUGUGCUGUUUAAUUUUUCCGGUUUGGGAUUUGAGAAUUUAAAUUCAAGACAGAAUCUUUGUUCUUAUGUGUUGUUCCAAUGAUUAAGGACGAUUUGUGCUGUUUAAUUGUUGCCGGUUAGGGAUUUGAGAAUUUGAAUUCAAGACAAAUUUUUUGUUCUUAUGUGUUGUUCCAAUGAUUAAGGACGAUUUGUGCUGUUUAAUUGUAGCCGGUUAGGGAUUUGAGAAUUUGAAUUCAAGACAGAAUCUUUGUUAUUAUGUGUUGUUCCAAUGAUUAAGGAUGAUUUGUGCUGUUUAAUUGUUGCCGGUUAGGGAUUUGAGAAUUUGAAUUCAAGACAAAUUUUUUAUUCUUAUGUGUUGUUCCAAUGAUUAAGGAUGAUUUGUAGUGACAUCAUGUUCCUAGUAAUAUUAUAGUCACAAGGAAUACUCAGAUUCUAAGGAUGGUGUUGUGCUGUUCUGACUGAAUAAUGCAUGUCCAAAUUGGAAAAAGUAUAUUUAUGCUUCUUUUUCUUUGUUAAACUAGAUUUAUACAGGCGACUCCACUUAGUGGAAUAAGGUUUUUUUGGUAAAAAGUGGGAUACGGCUUUGUCGUUGUAUGUUGUAUGUUUUUUUCUUGUUCUAUUUGACUUGUGCUGGAAAUAUGAGGAUCCGUGAUCAGCUGACAUUAUACAACACUAGUCAGGGAAUAAGGAGAGAGAGCAUAUCCAUUACACAGUAAAGCAUGUUUAGUGCCAAAUACCCUGGUUGCAGCUUAAAUUUUGUUUUUGGGAUAGGAUAAUAUAACUGGUGUUUUGUGCUUCCAGUUUAGCUUCAAUGGUAAAUCAAAUGGUGUCCUUAACGCAAUUAAAUUUUCUUCUACAAAAUGUGAUUGUCGUGGAUUUCUCUGUGAUCGGGGAAGUUAUGUCAAUGGUCGGACAAUAAUCACAUGUUGUCGAGACACAAAAUUUCUGAUGUCAUGUUUAUAGGAUGUCUUAGAUGCCAAAGAACCAAACACUCCGAUGAAAGAGGUACCAAUAGAAGGAACACCUGUUGAGGUUUGCAUUGAUAAAGAAGGAUUUCAAGGUGGUUGGUUUACUGCAAAUAUUGUCAAAGUAUUGGAAAUGAAUGAGAUUCUCAUUUGAUACAAGACGAUAAGAACAGAUGAUAAUAAGAAGUUCUUGAUGGAAGUGGUCGAUGCAAAGCAAAUAAGGCCUUAUCCUCCAAACCUAGUUUUGGCUGAAAGUUUCAGUGUAACACAAGAGGUUGAUGUUUUCUAUAAUGGUUGCUGGUGGGAAGGUGUGAUCCGCAACGUCCUUCACGGGCAAAGGUACAAAGUUUACAUCAAAGGUACAAAUGAUGAACUGCUGUUUCAGCACUCUGAUUUGAGGCCACGCCAAGAUUGGAUAGAUGGAACAUGGUUCAUUGCUUCUCAGGUCAUCAAAUAAUUGGCAAGACAAUCGAAGGCACAAUAUGGGAAGGAGGAUCAUAAUAUAUACUUACAAAAUGAAUUGUAUUAUAUUGUCAUAAGCCUCGUCCCUCUUCUUUCAUCUUAAGCGUGACUGCUUGAGGAAAGUACAAUAUACAUGUCAGUGUUUUCUUUCAACCUUUCACUUGCAGCUAAACUAAAAUGUGCAAGUGAUAAGAAGUAUGUGUAGUAGUAACUAAACUAAAAAAUUAAAUUAAAUAUAUUUGACUCCUGCUUGAGGAAACAACUCCCUCUUGAGUUGUUUACUGAGAUGCAGGAACAGGGGUUGUAUCCUGAUCCAAAUAUCUUUGUCACUGUUAUUAGCCGAUUAGGGGAGCAUGGGAAGUGGGAUAUGAUCCAGAAGACUAUUGAGAAUAUGAAGUGCAGAGGGCAUAUGAAAAGUGGGAUAAUUUAUGCUGUUUCGGUUGAUAUUUAUGGGCAGUAUGGAAAAUUUCAGGAUGCUCUAGAGUGCAUAUCUGCCCUAAAGGCGGAAGGUCUUAUUCCUUCAGCCAGCAUGUUUUGUGUCUUAGCAAAUGCCUACGCUCAGCAGGGAUUAUGUCAUCAGACAGUUAAGGUGCUUCAGCUCAUGGAAGCUGAGGGAAUCGAACCAAACGUCAUAAUGCUGAAUGUGCUGAUCAAUGCAUUCAAUGUUGCUGGUAGAUAUUUAGAGGCGUUAUCCAUUUAUCACCAUAUAAAAGAAAGUGGUUUUAGCCCUGAUGUGGUUACUUAUACUACCCUUAUGAAGGCGUUUAUUAGGGCAAGGAAGUUUGAUAAGGUCCCGGAGAUAUACAAGGAAAUAGAACGGGCCAGAUGCACUCCGGAUAGAAGGGCUAGACAGAUGUUACAAGUUGCUUUAAUGGUCCUUCAACAGAGAUAUUGCCUUAUGUGAUGCCGGUCGCAUAAACCUUCAAACCAGAUGGGGUGUUGAUUUUUACCACAUUAUAGUGCACAACUGAUAAUCUCAAGGGGUCGUACGGGAAGCAAGAGUACUCAGAGAUAAUGAAACCUGCUUCUGGUUUAGCAGUUGGAACAUGGACAACACCGUGACUUGCAACACGAAAGCACUCACUUCGGACCUGAGAGGACGAGUCACUUUCAUGAGCCUGGUUCCUAUGAAGAGCAUUGAUUUGGAAGAAUUGGCUUCAAAGUGCUGCAGCUCAAACAGUCCUUCCUCCCAUACAUGAUACAUUGAAUGAUUGGGAAAAUUGGCGUUUCAAAGUGCCACUUUUCAGUCCUCCUGCCAUUUCAGCAAAGAUAUAUAUUUUAGAGUCGACUCGUAUAAUCUCCACCAUACCCAUGUAAUUAUAGAAAAUACUUGUUUAAACUCAUCUUUUUUAAUUAUAAUACUUAUUUUACCUUAAAA